AGCUGCGGAGCAGAGGAGUAGAGGACAAUCCACACGGAGGAAAAGGAAGCAGAGGAGGAGAAGAGGAAGCAGAGGAGGAGAAGAGGAAGCAGAGGAGGAGAAGAGGAAUGAGAGGAGAAGAGGAAGCAAAGGAGGAGGAGGGGAAGCAGAGGAGGAGGAGAGGGAGCAGAGGAGGAGGAGAGGAAACGCAGGAGGACAAGAGUUUGCUUCAGCAGACAUGAUAAGGUCUCCCUUGCAGUUCAUUCUUAUGGUCCUCCUCCUUUCGUCUUCGCUCGGUUUCCAUUGCCUCCUGUACUUGCCGUCUUCUCCCCUGCCACUUGUUCAUCUGCCACUGUCUCAGAUGUUCGGAAGCCUCCAAGAGGGAGCAGAGGGAGCCUCCAAGGGGGAGCAGAGGGAGCCUCCAAGGGGGAGCAGACAAGGGGGAGCAGACAAGAGGGAGCAGACAAGGGGGGCAGACAAGGGGGGCAGACAAGAGGGGGGCAGAGAUAGUGGAGAAGACUUGUUCUCUGGAGCAGUGAGGGACAGAGGGAGCACCGGUCAAACAGCAUUCGCAUUCAAUGGGACAGAGGAGCAACGGACAGAGGUACAUGGCAAGGACGGCAGUGGUGCCAUGGACGGCAGUGGUGCCAUGGACGGCAGUGGUGCCAUGGACGGCAGUGGUGGCAUGAGACGAACUUCAGGCACAGCCAAGUCAGACGAGGCGGAUCAUCCUCUUUUCAUGGUAAGGCUGCCCAGUCAACCCCCUCCUCCUCUGCCCCGAGAUGUGACAAAACUGGUGCGCGCGGAGUAA